AUGUCGGACACUCGCGUGGUUCCAAGAGGGAAAGUUUACCAGCAACUUUUUGACGACCAGGUUCGUCUGUCCCGAAGUUUGACGGCAGCGCGCAAACACACAGCGACAACACGAGUGCGAGCAGCCGACUGGGACGCGCAAGGCAGAGUCAUCAGCAGAGCACAAGAUUCCUGCAACGAUGAAGACGGCGGCCAGGAUGACGAAGGCGAUCAAGAUGUGGAGCAAGUGGUUCGGCUUCCUGAUGCUGUGGAGGUACGUCACGACGCGUGCGACAUCCUGCAGCGCGUCCACCAAAACAAGAAGACGCAGCAUUUGGAAGCUGUGCAGCACGUGCACGAGCAACUCACGCACCUUGCGCAGGUGUGCGAGGCGCAAUUGAGGACGCACAGCGAGCAGCUGAGGAAUAAACUGCAAGAAAUUGACGAGUCGUUAAACCGGAUUGCGCGCGACAUGACGCAUGUGCAACAACGUAGCCUCCAGGAGGUGUUGUGCGUGUGGAGUUCGGUGGAAGCUCACAUGCAAGAAAGAAAGGCCAGUGUCUUGACCUUUGAACUUCAAGUCAGCGAGUGCGAGCGGCUGAGAGUAAACCAGAUCCGACCGGUGCUAAGGAAAUACUGCCACCUGCUGGAGAAGAUCAACUUCUUACCAUGCACCAACACUCAUGUGCACAUCCACAGCCAGGCCACGAUGCUGAAUCAGUGCCUGCUGGCCAACCGGCGCAGCGCAGCGCGCCUCUUGCUAAGACUGCAUGAGGAGGCCCUCCAGCAAGAGGCGCUGCUGCGCCUGCAGUGGGAGGAGUCUGUUAACCUGUGGCGGCGGAGCCAGGCCAGCCACGUUGUCCAAGAGUUCAGGUCGUCAGUGUCGAGUGUGGACGUGUGGCGUCAGCUCUCUGAGCAGCAGACCUUCCAGGAAGUGGACCAGAGUGUGCGCCGUCUGUCCCAACGACGCUGCGACAUCGUCACCAGCCUCAGCUCUUUGGUCCCGCCCUCCCUCUCCACCACUCUGGUCACCGAUUGGUUCAAGCAACUGACAGCCGUCAAUCAACAGAUCGAUAUGUGUCACGCUGACUUCCUCCAUCAGCUGCGUUGUAGUUACGAACACAUGUGGCAGGAUCGGGUGUCUCAAGUGCAGCACUACCAGGAGGCGCUGUCUGCGUUGGAGCUGCCGCAGGAGGAAGUAAGCGACAUCGUCAAGUCGCAGCUCAUCUCUCUAAUUGGACAACACCAGAGACAAGACGAAAUGCAGCUGGCCGCCAUCGACACCUGUUCCGACAGCCUGUACCGUGCGUCUGCGCGUCUCAGCCGACGCGUGUUUGUGGUCAUGCUUGCACUGGCGUCGCUGUAUGAGAAGCACGGCGGUAUCCUUGUGGGUCGAGAGGAGGAAGUCCAGCGCCGCCUGGACGAGCUGCGAGUGGCGCAGGAAAAACACGUACAGAGGAAGAAGGUGUUCCUGGACGAGCUGCUGGCAGCGUUGCGCCAGGAGAGCAGUGAGGCAGCCUUGAAGUCGUCGCUGGAGCAAACCGUCGUCUAUCUGCAUGAGGUCAGGAACAGCUGCGGCGAGUGCGUGACGGACCAGUGCGCCGUGUUGGAUCGCCUCCCUCGCACCUUUGUGGACGAGCUGCUGGAGUUCAGUCGACUCCUCAGUAACUUCUUCCACCUCGGGAACUCCUUCAUCCCUAGUCCCGAAGACCUGAAGAAGUUGCCGGCCGUCGAUGACAAGGUCAAAGGCAACGUUCGAGAGAGUCAUCCAGCGGGCAAUAUUUCAGAAGAAGAAGCGAUUGGCCGUCGAAACGACGCGGAGCCAGGGUCUUCCGAUUCGCUGGCCGAGGCCGAGUCAUCUCUCCUGGACCUCUACGACCUCGGCAGCAAGGUCAACUUGAAAUCUUCCAGGGGUGUGGCCUACACCGGCCCCGCUUUCAGAUGCCCAGCCUCCGAUCUCCCCGGCAACAUGAGCAAGCAACAAGAAACACACCUGAGCUCCUUCCCCAUCGAGCUGCUCCUGCAAGCACUAAACAAGAUGCGUAUGUGGUUCCUAGAUUAUGUGGAGCGACGUUUCCAAGAAGUGCUGACAUCGGCGGUCGCCACAGUGACAGACAGGAAGGCAGCGGUACGCGCAUACCACGAGCUGCAAAUGCAACCCCUUGACCCGCAACACGUCAAGACCUGCAUCUACAUCCCGCGCAUGGCGGAGCUCCAGCUUCACAAGCAGCGCGUGGAAGCUCACUGCCGGGAAGUGUCGAACAUGCUGAAGUCCUGCGCGGCGUCGCUGCGGGAGCUGCAGUCGUCCACCGACGACAAGAACCGAAGGCUGACUGCCGCGCUGGCCAAGAUGGAAGUCGGCGUCCUGAAAACAGACGGCAGCCGUCGUCUGGAGGUGCUGAGCGCCACCCUGCAGGACCGUUUGGAUGAGCACAUCAAACACACCCAGAGUUCGCACUCGUCCUUCCGGCUCACGCUUCAGCUUCAGAUGGACCGCCUCCGAAACCAGACCCAGCAACUCCUAAAGUCCUUCAGGUUGUUCAGCGAAGGAGGUGACUACACGCGUCACGAGGUGAAAGUCUUCCAGAGGCGUCUGAAGGAGGAAAGCAAACGAAUCAGCAUGACUGAAGAGCGAGUCUACAACGACCUGCACAAUCUGCAGACCAAGACCCUACAGCAGGUGAAGGCGGCAUCCGGUCGUCUAGAGGAGAAGCUGUGCGUGCUGCAGGCUGAAGUCAAGUUCAUUGAGAAGAUCGAGAGGAUCCUCAGCAGCACACAAGUGGAAGUUAAAGCCGAGGCGGCCAGCAGCAACCAGCAGGAGGCGGUCAUCAGCGCUCGCGUGGAGCAACUCAGGAAAAUGCUGGAGGAAGAAGAGGUGUGCGCGGAGCAGGUGUUCACCUUGUUGGCAGCCAUCAGCGAGGACCUGAGGAAGCGGCGACACUACUUGGAUGAGGAAAGUGUAGCUCCGCCCACUGUGUCCAAAACCAGGAAGCAGGUUUGGUCGGCUCCGCCCCCUGCCCUUCUGCAACCUUGCCGCUCUGGAGGAAACAUUAUGGAAGACCCCAUUGUGAGCGUGGUCAAGUCGCUCAACAGGUUCUGCGAAAGUCGAAGCUCCACCCAGCGACAGCAUUCGCCACGACGUAGCGAAUCGGCAGGCGUAGCGAGGCCGUUCCGGACCGACAAAAGGUUCCAGAUCUUUGGCGCCAAAUCCGAAGCCGAACCCAAUCCAGAUUGUUACAUCUCUAUUGUCAACGCCACGUUGAGGAGGACACAUCAGACGCUUCUGCUGUCCGCCAAGGACUUCUACCAAAGUCAGCGUUGCGGGGGGUUCCACCGACUUCCCGCCAGUCUGGACCAAUGGGUGGAAGGCACGCAGCAAAGGCUUCUGGGACAUCACGAGCACGCCAGGACGCUGCUCACCGCCAGCAGAGGAGCUCUGGAGCAGCAGCAGUGCGUGUUGGGCGACAUGAUGGGGCGUCUCGCCGCCGUGCUGAUCCGCAGCCACGAGCGGCAACUGGGGGCAGAGCUGAAAGAGGAGGCAGGCCGAAUGCGGCGCUCCUUCGAGGAGAACCUCGCCGCUGGCGAGGACCACAAGAUGGCGAGCGUGGCCGGUCUGCGCGUGUCGCUCCCGGCCGAGAAGAUUGAGGUGCUGAAACGCGGCGAGGAGGCGAGACAGCAGAGGCUCAACGACGCCAUCUUGGGCUCGCACCAGGAUCUACAGGAGUGCAUGCGUCGCAGAGGGGAGGAGUUUGUGACAUCUCUGGCACACCUCACCGAACGCCUCCUGCAUCAAAUGGACCAACUCCCUUUAGCUGAAGUGACGUCGCAGCAGACGUCCGAGGAACGAGACGUCACCGUGGAAACUACGCAACGAGCCUGCAGGACGUGGCCGGGAAUUCCUCACAUGACGCUUCCCGCCAACGCGUUGGCCGCUACUUCAGCAACCACGCCGACCGCCACUGCCACCGUCACCACCACCAAGUGCACUCUGGGACAUCUGGCUGUCAUUGAACACAGAGACGCCGCCGCUAAGCGUUUCCAGGAGGUGUUCACAGCACAGCUUUUGCUGUCCGACGCGGACAAACGAAGAAGGCUGAACGAACUGCACAGCUGGAAGGCGCACUGGAGGCUGCAGAUAUAUGCGCUCAAACACUGA